CUGUUUAAUGCCUUUUCAAAACCAUGAAUCUUCAAAGGAUAAAAUAAUCCUCAACAUAGUGUUGCAACAUUUGGAUCCAAGAUGCAAUGCGAAAGAUGCGGCUCCAUUUUGUUUUGAUAUGCUGAGCAAGGCCUAUCGCAUCUACUUGUGUCCGUCACUUCUUUAACAUCUCUUAUAUACCCUCACAUGCCUACGGAUGUGCUUCCCAGCAGGUGGAUCCCGAUAGAGACGACACUGCGAAACCAUUACUUGGUCGGCUUUAAGUAUGAUAUUGACCGCCACUACUAUUCCAUAGUCGCCACAGAUUUGAAACAGAACGUGUAUUACGAAUACGUUACCAAGAGCGUUCUAUCUUCUCGAGGAUUUCAUGAUUUGACCAACCCAGAGUCGUUCAAAGGGUGCGUCUAUACCAUUUGCGAGGCAUUUAACGCCUAUCACGCGUCGUCCUCAGAUGUGACUUUUCUGGAGGAGUCCCCGGAUAGCUUCCACCACGUAGGGGUAAACCUCACAGUUUUAGAUAAUAGUGACCCCCAAGGACCGUUCAGUUGGCGCUUUGACUUGAACCCACCCGCCACCUCUGCCGAAACAGCCGCGAUUACCAACAACAUGUCCCUGAAGCUUUUCAGCACCAUCGCGUACACGCAGUUUUGCGAAAAGAGCUUACUAAACCAGUUGCGGAACAAAGAUAAUUUGAUCAGGAUGUUGAAGGAAAAGUUGAGUGAUGCCAUGGGCGAGCACGAGGUUCUGGCCCUUCAGGAGUCGCCCAAAUUUGCCCAAGCGUUCACCCCGUUUCAGACGGCCAGCUGGAAACACAGAGUACUGGAAGAUUAUGCAAACCAGCUAGAAUGCGAGGGGAACCCUAUGGUAUGGAAGCUAUUGAAGGCCCGCACAGCGCCGUUUGGCACCCCUAUUUCCGGCCAGCCACAUGACAUCUGGCAGUACAGCCAAGAUAUUACCUCCCCACGCGAGGAGAGGGGUUUCGAAGGGGAUACCUCUUCUCAGUAUCGCACAGCUACGCAAAAUUUUCACCCUGCGGCUAAAGAGUCCAGUCUGUACGCAGAGGUCCCAAGCGUUCCGCUAUCUAAAAUGACCACAGAGGAAUGCCCCACGCUGCGAGGGGUCAAACAUGGAACGCCGCCCAUCGUUUCAACUUUCAACGUCUCACCUUUGCAAGGGGCCCCACAGGGGAUAGAAUUCGGGUACGUUGUUCACUCGUUGCACAAGCGUGCCAAGGUGGAUGCGCCAUCGAAUGAUUUUGAAGGGCAAAAGAUCUUGUUUCUGGAUGCAGACUAUCCGGAAAAACCAGAUGAAGGCACAAGAGAGAAUCCCCCUUUGGAGCCUAGCAAGGGUGCGACCACUUCUCCGCUAGGGCUGAGCCAUGUUUUCCAUGACAAUAACACAGUCUUACGGCUGGCCAUCCCGGGCAAGAAGCGAAGAAUGGGCCACUCUACCACCCCAAUUAAGGCGCCCAGACUUGAGUAGAAUUGGAAAAGCGCUGAGGUAAAGCUACUUAUGGGGUAAAUCUAGAUGGCAUAGUUAUGCAUUAGCAAACUGCCUAUAUAAUUGCAAUGUGUUACGUAAGGAGCUUUGUCUGGAAUAUCCAGGGAGCUUUUCCAGAUGUGGGUAUUUCAAGCACGUCGAGUGUUCUGGAUACUUUGGGACCUUUCGGCUACGUCGAGGGAUCGCAAUUUCCAGCAAUGUUUUCCCAGCGAUCUACCAACAUCUCCAAAGAUUCUCUCUGGCGGGUGUCUCUCUU